AUGCAGAAAGGCAGGGUGGCAGUGCUUCAGGCUUGUCGCUCGGAUGGACGUUUGCUACCAGAGGGAAGAGGUUCAGUCACAGAAUUGACACCAACUGAAGUUGAAAGCCCUCACGGUGGGUAUGGAAAAGUCGGAUCACACGUCAUAGUUGGUCUGAAAACAGUCAGAGGAACGAAGCGUGUCCGAGACCAUGCAAUGUAUUGGCCGAUCAGACGCAUAUGCAUCAUUCUACGACUUGAAUCGGAGACGUACGUUCCACUACCAAAGGGCGAUGUGCAUAAGCGGGAGGAAUUGGUCCAAAAUGUUGCGCUGGGUGACCUCGGUGCGGCUAGCGUACGACCACAGGACGAUCAGGAUAUCAUGAACGUCAUGGGCAGCCAAUGCGGUCGGUCGGAGAUCACGGAAAUCUGCGAAGAAGUGAGCGAAGCUGUGAAAGGUUACGUUAACCAAGGUGUCGCAGAGGUGAUACCAGGUUGUCCUCUUCAGCGACGUGUCACCAUCGAUGAACACGACAGCCUGGUAUCACCCCGUAUGCAAUGCCAUUUGUUGGAUUCUUGCUGUGAGAAGCUUGACGUCGCACUGGACAAUGCGCUUCUCAAGUCGCUCACAGCAUCGACAGUUAUACUUGCUACUAACAGGGACAAAGCCGCUGUCUCGCUUUGCGACUUUUCAACAACAACAGGUCUCACCCGGAUAAUUGCUCAGGCAGCCCAAUUAUGCGCCAAUGUCGAGGGACUCUGA